AUGGCGCUCGAUAAUGCGCCCACCCCUAACAGGGAAACAAAAGAUACAGAAAAAUACAAGGAUGAAAAUAAAAAUUCUGCACCGCACUUAGAGGAAGGGAAUGCGAUGGAGAAGGCGAAUGAGCGCCAGAAAAAUCUCUACGAAGAGCGCAUUGCCGAUUUCCAUCGCCUCGGCUGGAAACGCCUCACCAUUCUUCUAAUUGUGGAAGCAGUUGCAUUGGGCAGUCUUUCAAUCCCUUCGGCGUUUGCUUCACUUGGCAUGGUCGCCGGUGUGAUAUGCUCCGUUGGCCUCGGUAUCAUCGCCAUUUACACCAGUUACAUCAUUGGUGAGGUCAAGCUAGCAUAUCCUCAUAUUUCAAACUAUGCCGACGCAGGCCGAUUGAUUGGAGAUCGGUAUGGAUGCGGUAGACUGAUUUAUGCAAUCAUCAGCACCAUGAUUAUUCUACAAUUGAUCUUCCUUGUUGGGUCUCACUGCUUAACCGGAACAAUUGCUUUCAUGGCAAUCACCAAAAGUGACAUCUGUUCGGUUGUUUUCGGAGUCGUGUCUGCGAUAAUUCUUCUGCUUCUUGCGAUACCGCCGACUUUCGCUGAUAUAGCCAUUCUCGGCUAUAUUGACUUUGCAUCCAUUCUCCUAGCUAUCGGUAUUACAAUGAUUGGAUCGGGCCGAGAUGCUGCAACUUCACCCGGUGGACUUGCCGGGGUCAAUUGGUCUGCUUGGCCAAAGGAAAAUCUAACUUUUGCCGAAGCUUUCGUCGCCUUAUCAAAUAUCAUCUUUGCAUACAGCUUCGCAAUGGUUCAGUUCUCGUUCAUGGAUGAAAUGCACACUCCCGCCGACUACAAGAAAUCGAUAUUGGCUCUAGGUGUGGCAGAGAUUGUGAUAUACACUCUGACCGGUGCUUUAAUAUAUGCUUUUGUGGGGCAAGACGUCGCAAGCCCAGCACUUUCUUCUCUCGGAAAUGUGUUGUCUCGUGUUGCAUUCGGAAUUGCGUUGCCAGUCAUCUUUAUCAGUGGCUCAAUCAAUAUUGUCAUUUUUGGUCGCCAAGUCCAUGGCACUAUUUUUGCCAACUCGCCGAUCCGCCUUGUCGCUUCUCGAGCCGGUUGGCUCACAUGGUUGGCUACUAUAUCUGUGGGCACUGUGAUUGCCUUUGUGAUUGCCGAAGUCAUUCCAUUUUUCAAUGACUUGCUCUCCAUUUCGUCUGCUCUAUUUAUUUCGGGAUUCACUUAUUACUUCCCUGCAAUCAUGUGGUUUCUACUGCUUCGGAAAAAAGGUGAAUCUCGGUGGAGCCUGGCUCAGAUCAUUCUCAACAUAGCUAUAUUUUUGAUGGGACUAGUGAUAUUGGCUGGGGGGAUCUAUUCCAGUGUCAACGACAUUGUAAGAGUCACUGUUCAUAAUUUCUGGAAUUCUUUACUGAUCAGGAUCGAACAGAUUACAAAAUACAACACUGGUUCUAUUCGAUCGCCAUUUACAUGUGCCACCCCGUCUUAG